CGGUUAAAUCUGGCCACAAGUUUCAAAACUUUCAGACAGGGCAGACAGACAGAGAGACAGUGAGUCGGACGGCCUGAGUGACGGAGAGGAAUCGAGCUUUGGACAAACCGCUGCACCACACACUCCAAACAAGAACUGUUGUCUUUUGAGAAAAACGUGAAGAAAAAAAAGGCAGAGUCACUGUGGAUCUUUUUCAGGGGGAAUAUCCUGCACCACAGCUUGUUUGUUUUCUCUUUCUUUCUCGUCUUCCCCCCUCCUCUCAGAUCUCGAUGGUUUGCUUUGGGAUUUGUGCUCCAAAUCCAUCAAAUUCCUCUCUUGAUCUUUCUCUUUGCCAUCUGAAACAUUUUGAGUUACAAAUUUUUUCCAGAACUUUGCAACCCAACAAACUGAGACAGACGUUUGCAGGAUUUCACUUGGACUAAAAGUUGAAUCCGAGCCCAGUUCUGGAAUGAAUUUAACCGAGCCCAGCUUGUCUAGAGAGGCUCUACUGCAUGUCAGCCAGGUGUCUCUCAGGGACCCUUGGGCAUCCAGGACCCCGAGCCCUGCUUCUGAUUCUGAGAUGGGUUUUGAGCAGAACCUCUCUGGGGACUGCAGUUCUCCCGAUGGCCUUGGAACCGGGAACAUGAGGAGAACGGAAGGGAGGAUUUCUCUCUCACCCAGUUCAGGGGGACAGAGUCCGGACCUGAACCAUGCAGGAGGUGUGUCGGCAGGCACAGCCGAUGGGAAGACCUUGGGGGGUGAGCAGAGGAUCCGCAGGCCCAUGAACGCCUUCAUGGUUUGGGCUAAAGAUGAGAGGAAGCGACUGGCCCUGCAGAACCCCGACCUGCACAACGCUGUGCUCAGCAAGAUGCUCGGUCAGUCUUGGAAGGCCUUGAGUGCUACAGACAAGAGACCAUUUGUGGAGGAAGCAGAACGUCUCCGUGUCCAGCACCUCCAGGAUCACCCUAACUACAAGUACAGGCCUCGCCGCAAAAAGACCACUAAAAAACUCAAGCGGGUUGAACCGGGGCUUCUGCUUCACAGCAUUGCCCAGGGUGGGGCCUCAGGCCUUGGAUUAGGACCUGGUGUCAGCCCCUUGGGUGCAGAAGGAAUCUCUGGAGGUUCUGCUUAUGGACAUCCAAGUGCUCACCCUACACAUCCCCAUCACUCUCACCACCUGCUGCCUUCUCUGGGGCACUUCAGAGACCUUCAGGCCCCGGGACACCCAGAGCUGGAGAGCUAUGGCCUGCCAACUCCAGAGAUGUCCCCUCUGGAUAUUCUGGAGGACGGAGCCGGGGAAUCUGUGUUUUUCCCCCAACAUAUGCAAGAGGAAUCAGGAAUGGGAGGUUGGAGUGGGUACCACCACCACCUUCACCAUCAUAACCAGCACUACAGCCAUAACUACAACAACCACAGCCACCACAACUCCAUACAUGGUGCAGCAACAUACAGUCAGAGUUCAGGAAUGAGUGUGGGCCCCAAUUUAAGCACCAGCAUGAAUUCCACUUUGAGUCCUGGUAGAAGUUCUAGAGUUGAUUCGAGAAUGAGUAACGUUGAGGCAAAUAUGACCUCAAGCAUGAGCUCUGUCUCUUCGGUUUUGGCGAGUUCGGUCAACUCUAGGUUAAAUCCUACUCAUGCCUCUGGCCACCACAUCGCCCUGAGGAGUCCUGCAAAGGGCCCACCACCUCUAUCCAACUCCUCCUCCGCUGUUUCCUUCUCCCAGCCCUCCGUCAGCCUCCCUGAGCCAAUAAAAUCCCAGCAAACGCUACAUCAAACGGCUGCUCCUGUAGGCUAUUUUGGCCAAAUGUAUGGGAGCAGCGCCCCAAACGCUGCAUAUUACAUGCCAUCUCACCUGGGGCAGCUCUCGCCUCCUCCUGAAACAUCUCCCUCCUCCUGCUCGUCCUCCUCCAUUACCCAGUCAAGCUUCCCUCCCACUUUGCCCUUAGAUCAUUCAAACCCAGAGUCUUCCAGCCAUUUAGGGUCUUCUUCUGCUGAGUUUUGGUCUGAGGUGGACAGACAUGAAUUUGAACAGUAUGUAAAUGUUGGAAGGAAUCGAGAGGAGACCUAUGGACGUGGUGGGAGCGGGUUGAAAGUCCCAUGUCUGCGCAGUAGUGGUAGUGUAGGUAACAGCAUGAAUAGCAGUGUAAGCAGUAUUAUUAACAGGGAUGUCAGCAGCAUUUUGAGUAGCGCUGGUGGGUGUGAUGAGGGGAGCAGCCCUCUGAUAUCUGCUCUCUCUGAUGCCAGCAGUGCUGUUUAUUACAGUGCUUGUAUCACUGGAUAAAUACUACAUGAUCUCAUCGCGUAUGUGCCCACUACACAGUUUGGUGUGAUUCAUCUGAACCAUUGCUACAUGAUAGAGAGAAAGUAUAUCAGAAAGAUAAAUUUUGGCUCAUACUUUUACAUCAUCAUAUUAUAUUUCACAGAUUUCAAUGCUAAAUUUAAAAAGUUAGUUUUUCCAUAUGUUAAAAAAGAUACUGAUGAGUGAUUUCAUCAUGCAAACGCCUGGGUUUUUGCAAGUUUUUGAAAUAUGCACCAACUUAAAAAAAAGUAACUGUCAAAGAAGUGUGGCUAGUUUAGAUUUGAAAAGGUAGGAAGUCUGACCUGCUAUCAUAGUAAACUUGUGACCCAGAGGAUUGUUUGUACAACUGUAGGAUUUGUGGGAAAUGCUUGGGUUUUACUGGCUUUUUUAGCAUCUUUGUUAGCUGAAUCUCUUAUCCAGCAUAGCAACGCUAACUAAUGGUGCUAGCUAACUUACCAUUUCUAUUGUUGCUGUCAUUUUGUUGAUGUUGAUCCAAAUUAGUUGUAACAAAGUUCUCAAAUGUGCCUCUCAGAAAAGAAACAAAUAAAGGGAUAGGCCCAAAUGUGCUGGAAGGGAUCUUAGAAUAGGAUUGCAUUUUAUAGUUAUUUAUAUAGGGUGCUAGGUCUCUGUAUUAGCACUUGUAAUGCUAAUACACCAGGAGUCUUUAUCCACAGCUGGCUACAUUUCAACCUGAAAAUUAUUUGGGUGGCUACAAAUUCUGAAGGAUUCAAGGACUUAGAAUGUCAACAAAUGUUUGUUUAGUGCCUUUGGGCAUGUCGCUAAACUAAAUGCUACAGGAAUAUUAUGCAAGCAAAAUCAUUUCUUCAAAUUGCACUGUGCACUCUCAGAAAAAUCCGCCACUAAUCUGAAUUUCAAAAUCAUCUCAUAUAAUUUCUUACUUUUCAUCUCAGGACCAGACAAACAUUCAUCUCACUGAAUUUUAGAAAUGUUACGUUCCUUAAAUGGGAACACAAAGGACAAAGACAGUAUAUUGGACAAAGAGAAAAAGACUUGAUGGAAGAGACUUGAUCCAGCCGCCACAUAUCUCUCAGGAAUGAUGUCGGGAAAGCCUUGGCCACAGACCCAGAACAGACCACUGAUGUCUUCCACAAACUACCAGGAUGUUUUACAAGCCGGGUUGAGUUCUUUCAGACCGUGAUACAUGCCGUUCCCUCUCUCAGCCUCAGUCCAUGACAGGGCCUCAUGUCAAAGUCCAUGCCAAAAUCUGCAAGCUAGAAGUUGCUUUACUCCUUGGAAAACACAGAUAUGUUGAUGAUUCAAAGGUCAGUAUGUUAAACCAGUAAGCCUCUCUGGUAUAACAAGCAUAUCACCUGUUUAAAGAAAAUUUUCUUUUUCAAAGUUAAAAACUGUAAUUUUGUUUUACAAAAUAACAGACAAACUGAUUCUACAAGUUCUACGUUAGAACAAGUGCUUUGGAGUAGAUCAUGAAAACAGCUUGGCUUGAAGUCCGAAGUCGGCAGAUUUGAAAAUUUGAACAAAGCAACAUCAUGCUCACAGAUGCUGGUAAGCAGUUUGACCUCUGUAAUUACAAAUUUGUUUCACUCUUAAUUUCAUUUUUAAAAAAAAAAAAAAAACACAAAAAAACCAAAGAUUAUUGAAGGAACUGAAGGAUAAUGGUUCAUAUCCGAGGUCUUAUGAGUGGUUUAAUGUAGCUUUUUACUGUAUAUAUGAAGACUUUGGCUCUUGGCAAUAUGUGAAGGAGAAACCGAAACUAUGAAAUGUUCUCUUUGCACUGGGUUUUCUGUCUUAGCUGUAUAGCAGGAACACUACUUAUCAAACGUCAAAUGUCGAUAAUUUUAUUGUUGUGUACAGAUGUGUUCAUAUUGUUUCAUAGACUGUUUUAAAAAUGAGCUUUCUUAAAGGAUUAGCUUGAUGUUUUAGGAAAUAGGCUUAUUUGUUUGAGUGAAGGCAGAUUUUUAACCCUUGAACUGAUCCAUGCUAGCAGCCUUUGGGCUCAGUUAGGCUAAUCACCUGCCAUACUCAUCAUGAGCAGAUUUCCCAAAAUGUUGAACUAUUUCUGAUACAAAAGCAUUGAAGGAGUGCGUUUUCACUUUUUGUCUUUUUUUUCUCUUCCUCCAAAGUGUUUUGUAGUAUAAACUCGUCUUAAAAGGAAAUCUGUACCCGUGAAGAUCACUUUGUAGGUCUCUUUAAUCGGGUUUAUUAAGUUACACUUUGCUCUACCAGUGACACCAACAAACAAGAAAUGUUCCCUCCCACAAAAAUGUCACAUACACAUGACUGUAAAUUAAAAUGAGAACUUUUGUUUGUGCUGAGAAAAUCAAAAAUCAACAGUUGUAGCCACUGUAGAGGUCUCUCCGUAUGUGUUUAUGUAGCAAUCUGUAAUAUUUCUGUAUACAGUGGGAGCAGAGCUCUCUCUUCCAGGAGUUAUCCUGCAUCUGCUCUGCAUUAGUCCCAUAGACAAUACUUUUUUUCUGUACAUGAAACAGUAGAACAAAAUCGAGUGUCUUGUACAGUGAAACCAGUUAUAUUUACCACACCGUUCCCUGUGGCUGCCGCUGGUUGAAAACAGGGCAGGAGCAGAUUUUUCCUAACAUUUCCUCAGGAGGACGGAGUCUCAGAGAAGCAUAGUAUUAAAAAAUACUUCUACAUCUGCAUUUGACAUUCUUUUCUGUUGACACCAAACAAAGUCUUGUUUCCAUUUUAAUUUACUGUGACACACAAAGAACAUCAGAGGGACAGGCGUGUUUUUGGAGUCGUGCAAUAGCUCUGGGGCGUUUGGUAAUAAUUAUCUGAAGUGGAAAAAAAAGAAGAGACGAAACACCCAAGAUUUGGGGAUUAAAACAAAGGACAUUUUCUCAGCAGUCAUAUAACUACAAAUUAAAGGCAGGAUUUUCCCAGAAGUGUCACUGUGAUGCUUCUAAAGCUGUCUGACGGGGACCAGCAUUAUAUUUUCUGUAGUAAAUGGUUUUUGUUUGUGUUAAUAAGGAUUUGAAAAAUGUGGGUUGGCUGUAAAUUGAUCUGUUCUGUUUUCUAAAAUAAUUUUACAAAAUAAACACUUCUAAGGU